AUGGGCUGUGAUCAAAUAUGCAUGCUAUUUUGCUUUCUGUGUUGCGAGUCUGGUACCCCAGACUUUACCAAGCAAGAAUGCUUAGAUAUCCUGAAUGAAAUACGAGCUAAAGCACACAUGCAUCUAGAAGUAAUCAAAAGAGAACAGGCACAGAAAUCUCUAGACGAUUUGAAAAGAGCAGAACCUAAUUUCUUUGAAAAAGACUUUCAGAACAUUACUAGGGACGCCACAGAUGAAAUUUUAUAUCGACUUAUAUGGGAAUUCAAAUUUUCAGCAAUUUACCUGUGUAACUAUCAUACAAUCCACAUGUUCCUUAGAUUAAGUAGCUAUGAAAAGGAACCGGAAGAGAAGUGUGUCCUUAAUAAAAACCAAAAUUUUGAUUCAUGUCUUAUACAUCGUCUUCAGUUGGAUAUACUGACUCAUAAGACCAUAAAGGAUACGGAUAUGUGCAACGAAAUAUCUCAGAUAUUACACGUCCCAGGAAACAUAAUAAAAGAGAGUAAAGUUAGGCGAGAAGAAUUUGUGAGGAAUUUACAACAGUGUGGCGAGAAAAUAUAUGACAGAUCUAGAACACAUCACAAAUCUCAACACGUCAAAUGGCUAAAGAAAUAUUAUAGACUAAAGACUGUAAGAUCUUGUAUUGGUCUACAUCACCAUUCUGAUAUAUAUAUCAUCAACACUCAAGCAUAUAGAGAACACAGUGUCUAUCAUGAUUUUUCAUCGAUGGAAAGAUGUUUGAUAUACUCCUUGCUGUUUGCUGAAGAAUAUAAAAUUAAACUUAAUCACGACACAUCUAAACGUAUAUUGACGAAAAUCAGAGAUGCUUUUUUCCCUAAGCAUUCAUUACCUAGAGACAACUGUAAAAUGCCAAAACCAAUCGUUAAAAACAAGAAUGGUGAAUUAACUUUCAUCUCAGCUGACAUUCGUCACAAAGUAAUGUAUGCAUUUGUUACUGAAUGUCUUAUAGAAGACGAUGAUUUGGAGUUUUUCCUGACUGAAGCACCAAAAAACGUAAUAUUCGAGUAUUGCAGGUCCUGGAAUUAUAAAAGGAAAGACGGAGAGAGAUGUCUGUAUGUGCCAACUGACAUGUAUGACCGUCUUAUAGAAAAACUAGAUCUUGAUAUCAUAAAACAUUGCACACUAUCAGAUUGGACUUUUCAGAACAGUGUCGCUAAAAAAUUGAACGUUCCAUUAGAAAUAUUAAAUUGGCACCAGAAAGUAAGAGAGCAAUACGUUGAAUACGCUAGAAAAGAAACACAUACAGUGCAUCACUCAAGAUGUAUGCUUGUGGGAUGCGCUGGAGCCGGCAAGACCACGCUACUGAAGCGACUUCUCAAACACAGUGAGGACAAUAUUCUGCAUGUAACGACGACGGAAGGGCUAGAAAUUCAUGAAGAUAUACUCGAAAUUUCUGGAGAAUUUUUCAAGGGUAGGACCUGA